AAUACCCGCACUUGUUCUAAUGUCUCUCCACCAACAAGGCUCAUAAAAAUUGAACCCAAAAAAAAAAAACAAGAAGUUCUGUGUAGAAAUUUCCCGGUUUAAUUAUUCUAAACCCUAGGGUUUAUCAGAACCACUUCAAUUGAACUCUUUCUGAAAGAAAUGUCUACAAGAGAAACAGGCUCUAUGGCCGCUCUUAUCGAUUCACUGUCCACUAGCUUCAAUCAAGUACCUCAAGCCGCUGUUCCAGCCGUCUUGGAUUGCAUUUUGUCUUCUUCUGGCUUAUCUCCCUCCUCACUUUUUGACUCACUUCUUGAUACUUUUCCCAAGCUCUCUGAGGAUCUUAAGAUACAUGAUGGGAUGUUGGAUUCCAAUCACUGUAACUAUCUGGCAUCAUUGGUUAGUGCACUUUGCCAUCUAUUAAAGAAAUUCGGUUCUAAUCAUGAUGCUUUGCAAUCAUUUAUUUGGAGAAGUUUUCUUCCAUUGAUGAAGAUAGCGCAUAUAUUUGACCGCAAAAUGCUUAACCAGGUUACAGAAUCAUUUAUAUGUGUUGUGAUCGAGACAAACACCUGGGUAGUUGUGGAGGCAACCCUGGUGCCUUAUUUUCUAAGAGUAGUUGCUAGUUCUAUGGGUAUGCUUCAAAAUGAGGUACCAGAUAUCUUUCAGUGGGUGGUGGGAUCUAUUGACCUUGUAACUCAUUUGGAGAUGAGCGAAAAACACAGCCCGUCGCAAUCUGGGUCACUUUCGCUGCAAAUUUCAUGCCACAUUCUAACCUUAAUCCUUGAUGCUGCCCUUCAUAGCAUGAAAACAGCCGCAUCCUCAGAAUCAAUGAUUCCAAAUGGGUGUUUUGAUGCUCAAAAUGUUGCUGGUAAAUUGACUUGGGGUCUUUGUAGCUUGACUGAACGAUUGCUUUUACAAAGUUUGGAACACCGGUCCUGUGCUACUGGCUUUCUCCUCCCAAUAAUUUUCAAAGCAUUUUCUUCUUAUUGCUCUUUUGAAAUCUCAAUACAUGGGCAGACCCUUAUACUUUCAAGGAACAGUUUCUUUAACAAAAUUUGGAAGUGCUGUGGGCUGCUGUUUUCUCUUGGAACUGUGGAGAGAAGAGAUGCUUAUAGUGUACUGUCCCUGUAUUUGUCUUUUUGCUCUUGUACAGAAGAAUGCGGAGAUGCUGACACAAGUGAUAAAGUGGAAGAAUUUGAUAUAAGAGCUCAAAAAGAAUUUUGGGACGAAAUUAAAAAAGGCUUGGUUGAUAAGGAGAGUUUAGUGAGGAAGCAGUCAUUGCAUAUGUUCAAGACAGCACUACGGAUAAAUGAAGCAGGUCAAUCGUCCCCUGUUUCAGAGGAGAUGAUAUUACCUGAAAUUCAUUCAAUGCCUCACGGCAUGACAAAGAGGGAACAGUGGGCUGAUAAGGAAGCAAAGUCACUAGGUGUGGGGAAAAUAUGCAGCCAAGUUGGGUCUUGUCUGAACAGCCAGAAGUGGGAGGCAUUUGUACUGCUAUAUGAAAUGCUUGAAGAGUUUGGCACUCACUUGGUUGAAGCAGUGUGGAAUUCCCAGGUAUCUCUGUUGCUUCAAUACUCCACCACACAUCGUAAUAUUACAACCUCUGUCACUGGAGCAGUUCAUCAAAGCCAUAUUGAAACCCCAGGCGAAAUCUUUAACUGGUUAGCUAUUUUGUGGGAACGGGGUUUUCGUCAUGACAAUCCUCAAGUUAGGUGCUUGAUCAUGCAGUCAUUUUUGGGCAUUGAUUGGAAGAAUUAUGGAACUCAUACAAAAUCAGUGCCUGUAUCUUUUGUUCUGGGUCCAUUGAUGGAAGGGAUAAAUGACCCUGUGCACCACAAAGAAUUUGGUGUAAAAGGAAUAUACUCCUCAAUGACAAUUGAAGGUGCAGCUAGGUUUCUACACCAAUAUACAAGUUGCUUGAAUGCGGGGAUGUGCGUUGCAUUUUUGAUCAAUUUAGCAUCUACUGCUAAGGUGCAAUCAUUUGGUAGAGCUGGAUUGGUGUGCCUUGCUGAAUGCAUUUCUUCAACUGCUUGUCAAGUUCGAGCAGAUGAUAAUGAAAGUGAAGCACAGUGGUCUGAAGAUGCAAUUCCUGGCAUGAUCCAAGUGGGAAAUUCCCCUCGCAAUGACAAAGUUGUUUUGCUUGAUGCUUUGAGAUUUGUUAUUGAGAGCAGCAAACAACAUUUCAAUCCUAAUUAUCGUCUUCGAGUUUGUGAAAAAGUCCUGGAUUCUGCUGCUUCAGUGGUGUGUGCAUGUGAUGUGCCUCUUGAUAUACUUAUGCACUUCAUUUCAACAUUUCCAUGGGAAUUCACUGGCUUUGGUGGUUCCUUAAGAGUGAAACUACAAGAAUGGCUUAUGGGGUGUGGGAAGAAGCAUUGUAGUGCCAACUGCUUCAGUACUGAAAUGAAGCUUCUUAAGAGUAUUCAUGACUUCCCCAAUAGGUUUACAAGUCGUCACAUGGUUGAUGAUUCAAUCACUUUUGAUGAUGAAGACUUGGAUGCAUGGGAAUUUGAAGCGAAACGGUGGGCAAGAGUGCUUUUUCUUGCAUGCAAGGAGGAAUAUCAAUUGAUACCUAUACUGAUGUUUAUUCAAAAUCAUGGUCAUGAGCUCUGCCAAGAAAACAAUAAGUUGGACCAAAUAACUGUGAAGUUUCUCAUCCUCACCUUGAGCUUGGUUCUGGAGCUCCAGAUGAUGCAAGAAAGAGUUGCUGAGUAUAGUUCUAAAGUUAGAGGCAAAUCAGAAUUUCAUGUGCUUGAAUCAAUCGAUCAGUUUGGUCAUGCAGAUGCUCUUAAUUUAUGUCAAAAGUUUACCAACGUUUUUAUUUUUAUAAUGGAAGAGUUGGUCUCUUUUGCAAACUUGUCUUGUUCCAUAUUCUCAUAUACUGAUACCACUAAGAUGGCAGAUGCGAUCCUUCCUGGUUCUGUGAGAGGAAAACUUGGAGGUCCUAGUCAACGCCGGUUAUCAUCUUCUACCACCACUCCGGUGUUGCAAGCAAUAAUGUCCAUCAAGGCUCUUGCAACUAUCUCAUCAUGGUGUGCACAAUUUAAAAGCCACGGAUCACUUGACCUUGCCUAUAAUUUUUUGUGGGAAUUCUAUUGGAAAACUGUUUCCUCUCCAGCCUGUAAUUCAGAGACUGGAGCUGAAAUAUGUCUUGCAGCAUAUGAAGCAUUAGCUCCUGCCCUCACAGCACUAGCGUCUGUUUUUUCUCCUCAAGCUUUGGGUCUGGUCAAGAAAUAUGACAGCUUGUUGUUAUCAUCAAUUGGAAAACCUCUGUUAGAUUCCUUGGUUCUUUCUUUUCUUCAGAACAUAAAUAAUCUCCUUGCAGUUGGAGUAUUUGUACGGACUCGACGUGCAGUUUUAAUGAACUGGAAGUGGAUGUGCCUAGAAUCCCUACUUUCAAUUCCUAGCUAUGCUUUUAAAAAUGGGCUUCAUCUGGAGGACAAUAGCUUUUUCUUCUCGGGUGCUGCUCUCAGAUGGAUUUUUACUGAUCUUCUUGAGAGCCUUGAGAAUGCUGGGGAAGGUUCUGUUUUACCAAUGCUCAGAUCAGUCCGAUUAGUUUUGGGCCUAUUUGCCGAGGGAAAGUCUGGUUUACUUGUCUCCUUAUGUGAUGGGGUGGAUGCCCAGAUGAUGUGGCAGUUGGUUCAGUCUUCUUGGAUAUUGCACGUCAGUUGCAACAAGCGGAAGGUUGCACCUAUUGCAGCCCUUUUGUCUUCUGUUCUGCAUUCCUCCCUAUUUAGUGAUGAGAGCAUGCAUAUAACUGACGGUGCACCUGGGCCUCUGAAGUGGUUUGUUGAGAAAAUUCUUGAGGAAGGCACAAAAAGUCCCCGUACAAUUCGUCUUUCUGCAUUACACUUAACAGGGCUGUGUCUAUCAUAUCCUAGGAUUAUAAAGUACUAUGUGAAGGAGCUGAAGCUGCUGUCACUACAUGGUUCUGUUGCAUUUGAUGAGGACUUUGAAGGUGAAUUAGCUGACAAUCAUGACACAAGGACUGAAGUUUCUUUAUUGGCAAAAGGCCCUGAUACUGAGCUGACCAAAGAAUUUAUCAACACAGAAUUGUAUGCACGUGCCUCUGUUGCUGUUCUGUUUUCCAAGCUAGCAGACUUGUCCGAUUUGGUGGGAUCACCAAAUGAAAAUGAAGAUUGCCAUGCAGCUUUGGAAUCUGGAAAAAUAUUUUUGCUUGAGCUUCUAGAUUCUGCGGUAAACGACAAGGAUCUUGCAAAGGAGCUGUAUAAGAAGUACAGUGCAAUCCACAGGCGUAAGGUACGUGCGUGGCAAAUGAUAUGUAUUUUGUCACGUUUCGUCUGUCAAGAUAUAGUUUCGGAAGUUGCACACUGUUUGCACUUAUCCCUCUAUAGGAACAACUUACCUGCAGUUCGUCAAUACUUGGAAACAUUCGCAAUUAAUAUGUACUUGAAGUUCCCACCAUUGGUUGGGGAGCAACUAGUUCCUGUGUUAAGAAAUUAUGAGAUGCGGCCUCAGGCGCUCUCUUCUUAUGUAUUUAUAGCAGCCAAUGUCAUACUCCAUGCAUCUCAAGCUGUUCAAUUCAAGCAUUUGAAUGAAUUACUUCCUCCCAUAGUUCCACUUUUAACCUCACAUCACCACAGCUUGCGUGGUUUUGCCCAGUUACUGGUUUACCAAGUUCUUUGCAAAUUUUUUCCUCCAUUAGACUCUAAAGCCUCUGAAACUAUGACUUUAGAGAAGAGGUGCUUUGAAGAUUUGAAAUCCUACCUGGAAAAGAACUCUGAUUGUAUGCGCUUACGAGCAUCAAUGGGAGGAUAUCUUGAUGCCUACAGUCCGAAUAGCUCUGCCACUCCUGCGGGGAUUUUUGUUAACCGGGUUGAGGAACUCGAGUUUGAAUGUGUACCAAUGUCCUUUAUGGAGCAAGUGCUCAACUUUUUAAAUGAUGCUAGAGAAGAACUUCGGAGUUCAAUGGCAAAAGAUGCCGUGACUAUUAAGAAUGAAAGCCUAAGAUCUGAUGAAGAUGAAAACUGUACAAAAAUACUGUCUAAUGCCAAUGAAGGAAAAUUGCAUACCCAGCUGCCUAAAGAUAUUUCACUGGAUUUUCAAAAAAAGAUUACCCUCUCUAAACAUGAGAAGCAAGACAAGGCUGUUAAUUCCUUCUUGGGCGACCAGGAAACUUACAAACAACUCGUGGAAAUCGAGAAGGACGAUAAGCUUCUUGCUCAGGUGCUGCAGUCUAGAAGUCUGGCAGCGGAGGGAGAGAGAGCAAGCAGACAGCAUCUUAUCCUUGUAGCAUCUCUGCUUGAUCGCAUACCUAACCUUGCUGGCCUGGCACGAACUUGUGAGGUAUUCAAGGCAUCAAGUUUGGUCGUUGCAGAUUCUAACAUAGUACAUGACAAACAGUUCCAACUCAUCAGUGUGACCGCAGAAAAGUGGGUUCCUAUGAUCGAAGUCCCAGUGGAUAGUUUGAAGGUUUUCCUUGAGAGAAAGAAACGAGAAGGCUUCUCAAUUUUGGGACUAGAGCAAACUGCAAAUAGCAUACCUCUGGACCAGCAUAUCUUUCCUAAAAAGACGGUACUGGUCCUUGGGCGUGAAAAGGAAGGUAUACCGGUGGAUAUCAUACAUGUUCUGGAUGCUUGCCUUGAGAUUCCACAGUUGGGAGUUGUUAGAUCUCUUAACGUUCAUGUCAGCGGCGCCAUUGCUCUGUGGGAGUAUACUAGACAGCAGAGAUCCCAAUAGGUUUUUGUUUCUAAAAGCCAUACGUGUUCUGUUUGGUUAUACACAAGGAAAACCUGUUCAACCCAAGACGUGAGCAGCUUUUAACAGUCAAUUUUGCAACACAGAAUUCAGAGGCAGUUGUCUCAUUGUCAACAAAAAAAUGUUGUUCAUGGGAAGAAAAAAGGAAUUCAAAGACCGGAUGUAAAGGGGGGACAAAUUAGCAUGGAAAAUGGUCAAGACCUGCUUAUAUUUUGAGUGGUUAAGAAUGGGAGGAAUGUGGUGUGUUAAAACGCAUGAAUCUGUAGCUCUUCGGCUGCUCACUCAUUGUACCAAAUUUUUCUGCCAUGGAGGAUUCCAUGAGGUUCUUUACACCCAUAAGUAAACCCUGAAAAAUCAUUACUUAGUUUAUUGUGAAUUCUUAUAUCCUCUAAAUUGUUGUAUGAUAUUCGGAACUUGGGAUUCCGUCACAGCUUCUCGUCCUAAUUUUACUUUGUCAUAAUGAAAAAAAAGGAUAAUAUUCUUGUUAA